AUGGAAAGUUGCACAUAUCUGGAUCAACCUCCUUCUUCUAGGUGGACCGUGUGGCACUUUACAGGCCGUCCAUUGGCACAUGAGACUGUGGAAAAGCGGGCCAAUCCACGACCUGCUACAGUGGAUCUACCUGCAGUCACAGAACAUGAAUUGUACCAGGUCCUGCCCCGUCCAUUCCCACCAGAUCAGCUGCCUCCUCCUCCUGCACUUCCUAUAGGUCAGAGAGCCGACGGAAAAUCGGUUGCUCAGUUACCAGCAAUUCGUUUGGAGAAACCGAAGGCCUAUGUACCACCGUCGCUGCGAAAUCGCUCUGCUACCGCCAUCCAUGCCGCCAAUGUGGCCUCAGGUCGUCCCAAUCGUAACCUCUGUUCCGCUGCGCACCUCGCUUUUACGUCCGACACCGGUGCUACUGCCACUGCCCCUCGCGGUCCCAUUGGGGGAGUGGCCAUUGAGUCUGGAGCCUCCAAACAGGGAGGAAAGAAGAAGAAGAAGAAGGGUGGUAAUGGAAGCGGUGGAAAUCAGCCCGCCGAAACCCAACAAACUUCGCCCAAUCAGAAGCAAAUCAAUUUCCUCAGGAAGAAACUGGGUGAAAUUGAAAGGCUGAAGGUGCUUCAGAAGACCACAAGACUAGAAAACACCCAGUUGGAGAAGAUAGCAAGAGAGGAGGGUCUGCGACGCGAACUAGAGCAGUUAGAGCUUUGUAAAUAA